GGGGGUGUCAGGUGAUUUGAAGUUGUCCGGUGAAGGAGGCGAUCCUGAGUCCGGCGGCGGCACCGAGAGGGAGGAGGGGGAUGUCGGCCUACCCCAACCGCCACAACCCGUUCGCUGAGGACGAUGACGACGAGCCGGAGGUGCCUGGCGGCCGGAGGAGCCAGCCGGGGGCCUGGGAGGACGGGCCUGGCAGCAGCGCCGAGGACAGGCAGUGGUCCCUGAGGCAGCAGGCCCUGCGCAGCGCCGAGAGGGCCGUGCAGAGCAGCGGCCGCAGCGUCGCCCUCGUGUACGAGUCCGAGCAAGUGGGCACCGAGGCGGCCAAGGAACUACUGCGACAAGGUGAAUCUCUUAAGCGAUCUGAGAACAUGGUGGAUAAGAUGGACCAGGAUUUAAAAGUUAGCCAGAGACACAUCAACAGCAUUAAGAGUAUCUUUGGUGGCAUUACAAACUACUUCAAAUCUAAGAACCCAGAACCACAAGCCCCUCCAAUGCCUGAAACACAAACGUGCAGCAAAUUAAAAGAUGCUUUGGAUAAGAGUAUGCAGCAGGAAAAUGAGUACCGAGCGAACCAUCCAAACCUGAGGAAACUCGACACUUCAGGUUUUGGAGCUGCUAGCAGUUCUGCUUCUCUUGAAGAUGGCCGUUACUCUAAAAACAAUGUUCUUCAUAGUUAUCAUGCACAGAUAGAUAGCAGUCUAGAUGAGCUCUCCUCUGGCCUUGGCCGUCUGAAGGGGCUGGCAAUUGGCCUGCAAUCAGAAAUUGAUGACCAGGAUCAGAUCAUUGACCGGUUGACGACCAAGACUGAGCGCCUGGACUCUAAGAUUAUUGCAACUGAUCAACAGAUUCGUAAACUAUAAAAUGUCGCUUGGGAUUUCACAUGUUUUAAAAUCCUUGUGAAAAUAACCUUGCAGAAAUAACUCUAUUCAGAUGUUUUCAUGAGCGGGUUUUAAAGAAAACAACUUGACACACCUUUACCCCCCCAACCAAGAAAUUGAAUUGAUUCUUGAAACAAUGUAUUUCUGAAUGUAUAGCAAUGGCAUCUGAAUUUUUGAUUAUGUAUGUUGGGUAUCUGUUACCAAUACUAAUUGAUAUGCAAUACAGAAAGGAUCCGAAGUUGUGCAGCAAUUUUAUGUGCACACUCUUCUAAUGUGAAUGAUGAUAAUCUGUCACUUUGGACAGGUGGCACAUAUUGUACAAGAUUUAAAAUCUGUCACUACUAAUACAAAACCUGGAUGCACUUGUUACUGGUAGCUUUGAUGGAAUAGGGAGCCAGUAAAACUGGCCUGUGAGAGAUCACUGAAGAAUUAUUAAACGUUAGACUCCAGUUCUGUACUAGGAUCUGAUAAGUCAGCUUUAGCUGGUUCACAUUUUGCCUGCUGACUUACAAUUCAGGAUGCCCCUGUUCAUUCUUGCCUAGUCUGUGGUUUCACUUUGUGAAGAUGCUUGGAUAUCGGUAUUUCGUCAUUGGUGACUAGCAUCAGGUCAGCAAUGUAUCAACCUCUUAUCAAGAUUAAUAUGUAUCAACAAUCAAUGUUUCCACCAGUCAGAGUUAUCCUUAUCAAAACAUGCCCUUUGAAUUUUUGCAUCAAGGGAAACAACCUCUUUUGUAAGGCUGUUUUUAAUGAGCAGUCUUUUGUUCUCUUGGAAUCUCAAUUUGUAGCAUAUGUAAACACUUGAGUAUUCAACAAAACGUCAUGGUCAAUGUACCUUGGCACUACUGGAGGAGCUCUCUAUAGAGCAGGCCUAUUAGCUGUUAAUUUAAUCCUGUUAUGCUUGUGAUGUAUUUAGGGUAUUUGGGCUCGAAGAAUCCUUGCGAACCACCAUUAGCUGAUUGUCGAGCAAAUGUCUGGGGAAUUGUCUUUUUAAAAAAUGAUUUGAAAAUAAGAUUUUAAGCAAAUUUGGUAAUAUCUUGAUUGAGUUGUCACACACCUAAAUGGUGUAUUGGUAAAUGGAGUGUACCUUGAGUUUGCUCAUGUCUUAAUUCAACACUAUAGCAGUGAAUGAAUGAUUCUGUAGAAUGUACUUCCUCCUUCACUUCUCACUGUUUGUCAAUGAGCUGAGAGGUGCAUUGUGUCCAAGUCACUUUUUAUUAGUGUUUCUUUGUCUUGUUUCUUGCCUUUUGAUUUCUUCUGUCUAUGGUGCAAUUGAAAGAGCUGAUUAAUUGAGAUUGUGAGCUUGAUAGUCCGAAUAUAAACACAUGCUGUUCUCUCAACAUCCGACCGAGAAGUUGCAGCUCUUGAAAAUUCCAUGAAUCUGACCCCAUAUUAGUUAUAACCAUCAGACUGCUCCUUUUGUCUAGUUAUGGUGCCAAGUUGUCUGCCUGCUGAGAAAUUCAAGGAUCUUCACAAAGCUUUUUUUAUUGCAAGGCUUUUUGUUUCCUUCAAGGUUUGUGUUUUGAUGAAUGAAGUAUGAAUUGAGUGGGAACAGAAUUGACUGAGGCCACCAGGAUCAAACUUUUUGUUCUUGAGACUCCGCAGUAUGUCUGUCAUAACCAGUUUAUUUACUGUCUUUCAAACUAAGUUUGUGCAAACACAUUGUGCCUGCCUUUUUUACCCAUUAACCUUUUGUAAGUCAGGUCAGGGUUGGGUGAAGAGAUCAAAGUACAGCCUAUUUUGAAGGUUGCAAAUGUCUCUCUCGAGGCUGUAAAGUCCAAAUUAGCAAAUGAGCCCAUCUGGACACACCCCCAAAUCAUGGGGAAUGUGGUAGGUUACUGCUAGACACAUUCAGCAACUGUUUUUCAGGGGUUCUGAGGAACAAUCUAUAGAAAGUACCUGUUCUUAGGAUGUACAUCAGAUUUGCGUUCAAAGAAGAAUGAGCAAUUAAUUUGACUAUAUAAUUAAAGAAUCCAACUUUUUAAUAUUCACUGGUUUUUGUCAAUGGUGGAACAUUUGGAUUGAAAUAUCCAACUUUGCACCAAAUUGUGUCUCAAACUAAAGUUUGAUUUCAAUUUCAAGAACCUCUACAUUAUUACUUCAAAUUCUGCAAGUAUAUGGGUUUGUAGCUAUUGCAACUUCCUUUUGGAUGCAGUAACUGAGUGUAAAAGCUAAAUUUGUUUUAAUGUACUUGAAAUGUGAAACAUUAAAAAUGUUGGCUAUAAUUGAAUGUGAAUAUCAAGUGUACAGACUUUAUUGCUUAAUGACAUUUUGCACUUAACAGAACAGUUGGCAAGGAGCCAAUCAAUAUUUGAGAGGUGCUGAUUAGUUGGUGAGUGGACAACUUGCUAACAUGUCAAUUAAUGAUUAACAACUAGCAGCCAGGUUUUGGUUCAGGCCAGGUAAUUAACUGGCUGCUAUCAUCAUUAAUGUGUGCAUUCUCCACGGCAGUACCUUUACCGACAUCCACUUGCCAACUAAUCAGCUCCUCUCCUCAAGUAUAAGUAUUCAUUGCCUCUUUGGUUUGCAAGAAUACCAAUUCAUUCUGGUGAGUGCAAGAUGAAAACCUGUGACAAUGUGUCUUCAGCAACCAAGUUAUGCACUACAAAUGACUAUUUGUAUGCAAAUGUUGAAUCGAUGUUUUUAGAAAUUAUUCAACAAGCAAUGUCAAAUUACUCAUUCUGUAAUUGAGUGCCAUUGUGUACGUGUAAUCUGGUUAUUUUGUAAGAUUGCAUAGCCAUAUUAUCUUUACUCUUCAUUGUGGACAUUUUUCUGCAAAUGUGCAUUAAAUUGUGAAUUUGAGAAUCAGAGUAACAAAUUGAAGUUUUCCUGCACUCAUUUCAAAAAGCGAAUCACAAUUAGCUGCACAUUACUAUAGUCCUCUGUGGUCUAGCACUGCUAGUACAUGGUGCAUAAUCAGCAGGUGUCUGAAUUUUCAAUUUCCAGAAAGUAAGUUGUGUAUACUUUGAGAGAUUGAAAGUAUUUACUGCUCAAUCAAAGUUGAAGGGGAACAUGUGACAAUACCUGAAGUAUUUUGAAACCUUGCUGCUGCCUUAGUUUCUUUCAUAUGUCAAAAAGACUUGUAUAGAUAUUUGACCUAUAUUGGCCUGUGGCAGCGUUUACUCUACAUGGAGGCUCAUACAUUUGAACACGUUGUUUAGAUAAAUUAAGAGUGCAGCAUUUUUGUAAAUCUGGAAAUGGUGCCAUUCUGGUAUUACUUGACAUGUUUAGAUAAAUUGCAUACAGCAUUUCUAUCGAGUGCCUUCUGAAAAGUUUUAAUACACCAAAAGUACUAACUAGCCUAUGUGGAAUAGGUUGUACUAACAUUUACAAGGGGCAUGGAAAUUAUAGGGUUUCUGCUCAAUUUAUAAUGUGAUUCUGCUUUAACUGUAAAAAUACUUGGAAGAGCAAACUAAUAAAAUGUAUUUGAUUUGUUA